GCCACCGAAGCCGCCUUUGCGCUGAUGUUCGAGCUCGUCCGCCUGUGGCGGCGGGGCUGCUCCACGGCGCCUUCGGUCCCCGCCUAUCUCCUCUCUUCCGUUCUUUUGCGCUCAUCGCACUCCGCGAGCGCUGCGUCUCCCACGACUGAUGCGGACGAGCGUACGAGGCCGAAGAGGGAAUGGCGCACCCUCCCCCCAUUUGUGCCUCCUGUCGACGCCGCUGCGGUCGGGAAAGAGCUAUCCGGCCUCCGACCUCCCGCCGCGACCGAAUCCAUGACGGCCUUGAAGUGGGUCCGCCGCUGCUGCCCGGACCUCCCGAUGUCCCUUGUCCAGAAGCUCUUCCGGCUGAGACAGGUCAGGAAAAGGGAGUCUUCUGAAAUUGAACCUCUUAGUAAUGCUGAUCAUCCUGAACAGGGCCGAUUUAAAAGGGUCUCAGCCAAAGAAUCUAUGAUCCUCGGAGAAGUUAUCCAAUUAACUGUAACCUUGCAAAAGCUUACCAACGAGAGAAGUGGCAGGCUCAAGUAUAAUGAUGUUGAAAAUAGCUUUGUUCGUAGUCUUGGGCUAUACAAGGAUGAAGCUAUUAUUGUGAUAAAUAAACCUCCUGGUUUGCCUACACAGGGCGGUGUAGGAAUUAAAUAUAGUGUGGAUGAACUUGCUGCAAAUUGCUUGGAGUAUGAGGGUUCUGAACCACCUAGACUGGUACAUAGACUUGACAGAGAUAGUAGCGGUGUUCUUGUCCUUGGUAGAACUCAAAGUAGCACAGCUGUUCUCCAUUCUCUCUUCCGCGAGAAAACUUCUGGAGCAUUGUCUAAUGAUAUCACUGGUACCCAAAGAGCAAUCCAAAGGAAGUACUUGGCUCUUGUUAUUGGAACUCCAAGACACCCACGGGGCUUGAUAUCUGCUUCACUAGCAAAGAUAGUACUGGAAGAUGGCAAGUCAGAGAGGAUAAUCAUUGCAGAUAAUAGAAGGUCCACAUCUUCACUUCAUGCUUUGACAGAGUAUAAAAUGAUUGGCUCUUCAAGUCAAGGCUUUACAUGGCUGGAGCUCUUUCCCCUAACCGGAAGAAAGCAUCAGCUGCGCGUUCACUGUGCCGAUAUCUUAGGAACGCCCAUAGUUGGAGAUGACAAGUACGGGAGGCGAGAAAACAUGAAGUUGGAACCCAUUCACUUGCCUCAGUCAGUUACUAAGUCUGAAGAUAUCCCCAAAGAAAAGCUUCCAUUUGGCCUCAAUUUGAAUGGUGGAAGCAUCUCUGACAAAUGGCCUCGAAUGCAUCUGCACUGCAAACAAAUGGUGUUACCUAAUGUUUCAAUCGCGUUGCAGCAGCUGCAAACUAAAGAUCACGAUUUCUCACAAGUCGAGAAGCUUAAUCUAGUUGCUCCAUUGCCACCACAUAUGCAAAAGAGUUGGGAAAUUUUGAAUUCGCUAGCAUAACUUUUCCGGUUAAAGAUGUAUAAGUUAUGAAGAAUUUAGGAUCUGAAAGAAAGAGAAUUUGCUUCUUUAGACUAGCCAAGGAUAUUUAGGUGGAAUUCUUUCAUCAGUUACAGAUGAAAAUCAGUUCAGAAAAACAGAAUGCUUUCAGCUUAGUUUCUGAAGCCAAGAGAUUGGCAAACACUAGAAGGUAGAUAUAGACAGAAAGAUUGGGAAUUGCAAUGUAUUCAUUGUUUUUGUAUGAGCAAUAGAGCUUGAUUUACAUUUUUAGAUUC